GCCCUGGCGAUGCCAGCACUGCCAUGGCAGCCUUGGGCUCCUGCCAGCUGCUGCACAAGGCCCUGGAAGAGAGCUGCAGUUAAGGCCACGCAGCAGCACCUCGGCUCUUGGGGGAGGUGUGAGCAAAGGUUGGCCAGCACUUGGAUCCAGGUGAUUAGAAGCCAUCUGUGGCACUUUGUGCUUGGGACAGCUGCUCAAAGGACCCUGUUCUGCAGAAGGAUGGCUGCAAAGAAAAAGGAGGUAGUGCUGCAGAUUAACAUUACUAGCCAGGAGCUUUGGGAAGAAGUGCUGUGUCUCAAAGGACUUAUUGUUGUUGAUGUGUUUCAAGCCUGGUGUGGCCCAUGCAAACCAGUAGUGAACCUGUUCCAAAAAAUCAAGAAUGAAGUUGGCAGUAAUCUCCUGCAUUUUGCUGUGGCUGAAGUUGAUUCCAUUGAUGCUCUGGAAAAAUACAGAGGACAAUGUGAGCCUGUCUUUCUCUUUUAUACAGGAGGAGAAUUAGUGGCUGUUGUAAGAGGAGCAAAUGCACCAUUGCUGCAGAAGACCAUCCUGAAACAGCUGGCAGGAGAAAGGAAGGGAUUCCAUGGAGGGGAGCCUGUGGUGGUGCCAGACAGAGCCUUCUCCAGAGAGCAGGAGCAACAACGGGGAGGACUAACAGGUAAGGCAAGGCAUGGGUGUAGCUGAUGGGACACCAGAGGGGCCAUUCCUCCACCUGGGCACACGGGGAGAGUCACCUUGAAAUAUACCCAGAGUUUGGGUGUCUAGCGUUGUGAAACUGGGGGUAUUUAUCUUUCCAGUGUGUUUUAUCUUACAUUUGCCCCCCAGCCCCGCCCUUGGAGACCCCAUAUGGCUUUCUGUUUCCAGGUGGUUUUUAAAAGAAAAUGCUUGGGCUCCAAAUCUGCCUACACCAUCUCCUGCCUUGUCUAAAAUUGGCCACGAAUUCCCAAAGGCUUUUGCAUCUUCUCCUAAAAGAACAUUUUUUUCUUGGCUUUGCUGGGACAAUGCUGCAUCCCGGCCCUGUCCACACCAAAUCUUAGGCUCCAGAGUAUUGGGAAUCGAAGCAAAUCCCUCUUGGCUUUAGCUGAAGCACCACGCGAUGAAGGGGAGUCAGGGAUGUUGGUCUCUGCCUCUCCUUUUUGCUCCUGUUGUUAAUUUCGUUAAUUUUCUUCUCUCGGAGGCUGACGCACCCAUCGGCCCGGGAUUACAACCGCAGCCGUGGAACUGAUGCGAGCUUUUUCAAUAAAUACAAGAUUUU